CAGACUCAGAGGCUUGUUCCCACGCUAGACGUGGCAGCCGCGGCCUGCCAAGCAGUGCCCACCGCCACCGCCUAAGCUCCCCCGUACCCCUUGACCCGGCGGCCUCUGCCACCCAGCACGGCACAAUCACUCACUCUCUGCAUCCUCCCCUCCCCUCUCCUCUGCGCCACCUUAGCCAAGCUCUCCUCCUUCCUUCCCCGCCCGCGCGCGCUCUCUCCUCGCCGGCGCCGCCCCGCGCCAUGUCGUACAACAAGACCGCCUCCAUCACCGCCGAGACCAUAAACCCCAAGGUGAAGAUCUUCGACUACGAGCCCUGCGGGGAGAUCGCCAGGCACGCAGAGGUAACAGCAACAGUGCUGCCUGCGCUCACCCCCCGCCGUUCAUCUGUCCAUCGGUUGGCGCAGGAGAUGGAGAAGAGCCCAGGUUCUCGCCCUUUUCCAGAGAUAACAUACUGCAACCUUGGGAACCCCCAGGCUCUCGGCCAGCGACCCAUAACCUUCUUCCGUGAGGUUCUUUCUCUGUGUGACAAUCCAGCUCUCCUGCACAGGGAUGAAACUCGUAUGCUAUUCAGCCCAUGUGCCAUAAAUAGAGCGCGGAAGAUUAUUGAGUCCAUGCCCGGCAGAAACUCUGGUGCAUAUACUAACAGUCAGGGAAUCAGAAGUUUGCGGGAAGCAGUUGCAAAUGGAAUCGCUGCAAGAGAUGGUUUUCCAUCAAGACCAGAGGACAUCUUUCUGACAGAUGGAGCGAGUUCAGCCAUUAAUUUGAGUAUGCAGAUACUCAUUAGGUCCCAAGAAGAUGGCAUUCUAUGCCCUUUACCUGAAUAUCCGUUAUACUCGGCGUCCAUUAUACUUCAUGGUGGGACUAUGGUACCAUACAAUCUUAGUGAGGACGGUGAUUGGGGGCUUGAGAUCUUCGAAGUAAAGAGGUGCUUGGAGGAGGCACGCAUCGCAGGUUUGACUGUUCGGGCUAUGGUGAUCAUAAACCCCGGAAAUCCGACGGGACAGGUACUGUCUAUCACCAACCAGGAGGAGAUAGUAGAAUUUUGUCGGAAAGAAGGUUUGGUUAUGCUUGCCGAUGAGGUAUACCAAGAUAACGUCUAUGUGGAGGAUAAGAAAUUCCAUUCUUUCAAGAAAGUAGCCAGAUCACUUGGGUAUGACGAGAAUGACAUCUCCAUAGUGUCAUUUCACUCGGUCUCGAUGGGGUUCUCUGGAGAAUGUGGCAGAAGGGGAGGCUACAUGGAGAUAUGUGGUUUUGGAGAUGAUGUGAUGGGUGAGAUUCGCAAAGUGGCUUCUGUGACUCUUUGCCCCAACACAAGUGGUCAAAUUCUUACUAGCCUUGCUAUGGAUCCACCGAAGCUGGGAGAUGGUUGUUUUGAGGAUUUUAUGGCUGAAAAGGAAGACAUCCGUUUAUCUCUCGCCAAGCGCGCCAAGACCUUGGCGAGCGCAUUCAGCAGCCUGGAGGGAAUGACCUGCAACAAAGUAGAAGGUGCAAUCUACGCCUUCCCACGGAUCCACCUCCCUGCAGCGGCGAUCAAAGCCGCCAAGGCCGAGGGCAUGUCUCCAGACAUGUUCUACGCGUGCCGCCUUCUCAACGCCACCGGGAUCGCCGUUGUCCCUGGCUCUGGAUUCCACCAGGUGUCUGGGCGCAACAAGGCCACCGGGACAUGGCAUAUCCGGUGCACGAUCCUCCCCGGCGAGGACAAGAUCAAGGCGAUGAUCCCGCGCCUCAAGGAGUUCCACGAGUCCUUCAUGAACGAGUUCCGCAACCGAAGCUGAUGCGCACUUUCACCUACACAAGCCACAGGCCGGUCAGAGCUCCGAAGGUGUGAUCUUCACUACCUUGUAAAUUAAACCUGUGUUGUACUGCCAAUAAAUAAACUUUCACUACCCUGUAAAUUAAGCCUGUGUUGUACUACCAAUAAAUAAACUUUGGCA